GAUUAUUAAAAAACCUACAUGAGAGAAUAAGACAAAUAAACGGUCUUAAAUUAUAAAGUACUUUACAUGAGAGAAUAAUACAAAUAGUAUUAAAUUGUAAAAUAUUUCACUCGAGAGAAAAAUAUAUAAUACCCUGCACAAAUGUGUGCAUACAUACAUAUUGUUACGAGCGUCGCCCGGUAUACUCCGCGACUGCAAUUCAGCUGUUCCGAAGCCGAUCGAUGUAUUGAUUUUUCCGGAGAGCGUUGUCAGUUGUCACGCUCUUGGCAACGCUUUUCAACAAGCGAGUGGAAUCUCGGUCUCGAGCCUUGUCGGACGUGUUUGUAAUCGCUUGGAAUAAAGCUUGGUUUUAAAGUUCUCAAGUGUCUUUCAUUUCCGCGGUGCGCACGUUACAUUUUUGGGGGCUCGUCCGGGAUCUGUUCGUCGAAUCCUGUGAAGCGCGCGAGUUUAAGAGACAGAAAGUGCGCGGAGUGAAAGAACGAGAGAACAGAGAAUUCGAAGGAUGUCUAUCCCCCAUUCUCCUGUGGUGACCCGAUCUCACGCUUCUGCCGCUGCAAAGGGAGACAGAACGGAUGUUCGAAACUCGGAGCAAGAGACGCCGGGGACCGUAAAGGCGCUCCUGGAGGAAAUGUGGCUGAUGCGCGAAAGCCUGGCUCGGAGGGAGGAGGAGCAAGCCGCGACGCUGCGACGACAUGAGGAAAAGCUGCGCCUUAUACAUAAUUUUACCGAAAAAUACGUGCACAUGAGGGCUGCUUCUCGAGGGGAAGAAGGAGAUUUCAUCAAGAAGACUGCCUCGUCCACGGUUUUUUUACCACAGUUUUUCCGUAGGACAUUGGGCAAAUGCAUUGGGCAGGCAGGGGGCAGGGAGCUCUUAGAGCGUUGGGUCCGUGGAAGUAAAUUCCCCCCUGACCCCGAAAAAAGAAGCGAGAAGCACACAAGAUCGAGCGAGGAGGAAGCUUCAUGGCAGGAGAGGAGCACGGAGACGGAAAAGGGAGCCGGCGCAGAAAAUUCCGCGUCAGGCCAGCUCUGCGAGGAAAAGUGCCCGGAAAAGCCCUUGCUGAGAGGGUCGUCUCAGUUGGACGUGGUCCGGUUGAGGACAAGGAAAUCGUCCUGGAAGCCGAAGGGGCCUUCUUGGAGUAACAAUAAAACUGCUCCCCGGAUUAUCGGGACGACAAUCUUGAAGAGGGGGAGCAGUGUUACGAGCCCGGUAUACUCCGCGACUGCGACUCAGCUGUUCCGAAGCCGAUCGAUGUAUUGAUUUUUCCGGAGAGCGUUGUCAGUUGUCACGCUCUUGGCAACGCCUGUCAACAAGCGAGUGGAAUCUCGGUCUCGAGCUUUGUCGGACGUGUUUGUAAUCGCUUGGAAUAAAGCUUGGUUUUAAAGUUCUCAAGUGUCUUUCAUUUCCACGGCGCGCACGUUACAAUAUGUACGUACAUAUAUAUUUUUUAUAUCUAUAUAUUAAUAAAUAAUA